UGAACUCAUCCCAAACUAAUUUCUUGAAGUCACACUGUAUGCACGGACAUGGUCGGUUAACAUACAUGACUUUCCUUAUAAACAGGAACAAAUAAAGUUUGAGAGUAUUUGGUUUGAUGGUAAUGCAGGGCAAUGUUUGGAUUUAAGUGUUUAUUCUAGUUAAGAAAUUUGAUUAUCGAGAUGAGUUUCAAACUGUGCAUCAGCACCAUCCUAGUGGGCAUCUGUUUGUCGAUUUCAAAUGCCGAAUCUAAAGGCGAAGCCAAGGAUGGGAACAACGAAGUCCCAAAAUGCUUAGAAAUAAACGUGCAUGAGACUAUAACAGAAACAUUCUGCGAAGGUUUAUGUAGCUCGUUCUUUGAACGACAGAACUGCGACGACGAUAAUUUUCAAAUGUUCUGCCAAAAGUUCACAGAGAAAUGUUAUGUCGUAAAGUGCAACAAUACAGAGAAUAAUGCUGGAGAAAAUACCCCCCAGCCAGAGAAAUCCACAACUCCAAGUUAUGAAGGAUCCCAGGCAGAGCAGAAAAAACCGAAGGACUGUCCACCCCAGGACUGUACGGCACACAGCAGCAGUUCAGGUGUGAGUGUCGGGGCGGCAGUAGGCCUCCUCAUGCUCGGGCUGUUCCUGGGAGCCAUGGUAACCACCGUCAUCUGCGUUUGUUGUCCCCCCAUCUACGCGAAGGCGUCUUCUAUCUUAGACAAACUAAAACCCGGUCGCGGCAAUCUGAAAGAUGAGAUAAUCUCGAAUGCCAGUGAGCAGAAAUCCCGACCCAUGCCGUCGGCGCCGCUUCCUUUACAGCCUGCUGACAUCCGGUUAACAGCCACAACAGUACAAAAUGCCAACAGUGGCCGACCUGACUCCCAGCAUAUUUACAGCGAGUCGAUGGAUCCAUCAGUCGGCAACACAAACUCAUAUGAUGCGUACGGCUACGACCACACCAACACCAACUCGUCACAACUCCGAAAUGACCAGGUGAAGUCACCGACAUACGGAUACAAUAGGCUCGCCAAUGACGUCAUACCGGGCACCAGCUCUUCGAAAGUCGCAGAAAGCGCCUACCAGCCACUGAACGCCAACAGAAGCCAGAGUGCGGAAUACAGUCAGAUCCCCGGAGUUAGGAAUGACGGUGAUUUACGGAGUCAGGAGCACACUGAUCCCAGUGGAGCUCACCAGUAUUUUGUGCUGGAAAAGGAAGCUGCAAUGGGCAGUACGGAAACUGGUCUUCGUGAUAAUGAUAUCGGUGUUCCACAUGACUAUUUUGUGCUGGAGAAAAAGUGAAGCGGGAAUACUGGUGGGAGUCAGUGCCUGCAAAUGUGCAACAACUGCUAUGUUGUGGUAUUAUCAUAACAAUGUUGGCAAGUUCAAUUUUAGCGGUUGAAAUGAAAUCCUUAAGGAGUUAAUAAGAAAGUGUGAGGACGAUUAUGCUGAGAGAUUUGCAUUAUGUAUAUUAUGUACAGUAUAUUCCGUUGAUGACAAAUUAUGCGCAAUAAACUUAAGUUUUAAUAUUUUUAGUUUAAAAAUAACACUGGUCGUCGAACUUUAAGUAAAGUGAUCUUGAUUGAUUUAACUUACAUUUAAAUUAAUUUUCUGGCAUAAUAAAUAUGCGUGAUCUUUAAUUUUAGAUGCUUUAGUGCACAAAUAUAGAUACCGUCACGAUGGGUAUUGCAACAGUACAUCAAGCAUAACAUUGUAACCGUCAUGUCCUGUACGGG